AAUGAAUGCCAUGAUGGCUCACAGGAGCGUAGUUCCCGGUAGUUCCGCGCAAAAAACAUGGGCUCAAACGCAACUGUGUUGUCCCUUGAUGUGGGUUGUUAUUGCACGUACAUAUAUUCAAAAUUUGGUUAAGAAACUGAAAUCAUGCGAACAAAAACCAAAGAAUGAACAAAUUAUUGGUUACCUUGCAUAAGCCACCGUAUUGUAAAAAUUAAUUAAUUCAUUGUGUUUUUUUUGUUUGGGCAGUUUCAGCAUCACUUUGUUUGGGGUCCUUCGUUAGCUAGGCGCCAGUCGCGCUCACUGGCCAAUUCUCGUUGGCAACAAGAGUUUUCUAAAUAACGGCUGUUUUUUUUUGGAUACUCCCGCCCGAAGACUGCAUAUUUUGAUAUUCUUGUUAUUAGAAUUGUUCAACGAUGAAUUUAGAGUUGCUCGAGUCAUUCGGGCAGAACUAUCCAGAGGAGGCAGAUGGCACUCUGGACUGUAUCAGUAUGGCUCUCACGUGCACCUUUAAUCGCUGGGGAACGCUUCUGGCGGUGGGGUGCAACGACGGGCGUAUCGUCAUCUGGGACUUCCUGACUCGGGGCAUAGCCAAGAUCAUCAGUGCUCACAUCCAUCCGGUCUGUUCACUAUGUUGGAGUCGAGACGGUCACAAGCUGGUCAGUGCUUCUACUGACAACAUAGUGUCCCUGUGGGACGUCCUGACGGGGGACUGUGACCAGAGGUUCCGCUUCCCCUCACCCAUCCUCAAACUGCAGUACCACCCCAGACGUCUGGACAAGGUCCUGGUCUGUCCCAUGAAGUCAGCCCCCGUGCUCCUCACACUGUCUGACUCCAAACACGUGGUUCUGCCUGUGGACGAUGACUCUGACCUCAACGUGGUGGCGGCCUUCGACCGGCGGGGGGAGUACAUCUACACUGGCAACGCCAAAGGAAAGAUUCUGGUUCUGAACACAGACACACAGGAACUGGUGGCAUCGUUUCGGGUGACCACAGGAACCAGCAACACAACAGCCAUCAAGUCCAUAGAGUUUGGACGCAAGGGCAGUUGUUUUCUAAUCAACACAGCCGACCGGAUCAUCAGGGUGUAUGACGGCAGGGAGAUUCUCACCUGUGGUCGGGACGGAGAACCAGAGCCCAUGCAGAAACUCCAGGACCUGGUCAACAGGACUCCUUGGAAGCGUUGUUGUUUCUCUGGGGAUGGUGAGUACAUUGUAGCUGGUUCGGCCAGACAGCACGCUCUGUACAUCUGGGAGAAAAGCAUUGGCAACCUGGUGAAGAUCCUUCAUGGAACCAGAGGAGAACUACUACUGGACGUGGCUUGGCACCCUGUGCGGCCGAUCAUCGCCUCCAUCUCCAGCGGGGUGGUGUCCAUCUGGGCUCAGAACCAAGUGGAAAACUGGAGUGCGUUUGCCCCAGACUUCAAGGAGCUGGAUGAGAAUGUGGAAUACGAGGAGAGGGAAUCUGAGUUUGAUAUUGAAGACGAGGACAAGAGUGAACCUGAACAGACAGGUGCGGAUGCUGCGGAGGACGAGGAGGUGGACGUGACCUCUGUUGACCCCAUUGUGGCUUUCUGCAGCAGUGACGAGGAGCUGGAAGACUUCAAGGCCCUGCUCUACCUGCCCAUCGCUCCCGAGGUGGAGGACCCUGAGGAGAAUCCGUUUGGUCCCCCGCCAGACGCAGCUGGCCAGACCACCCCUGCAGAAGAUGGUUCAGCCCACACAGGGGGCGGGGACAAAAAACAGCGCCAGCCGUCCUCAGAGGGCGUUCCGGCCAAGAAGAAGGCCCGUACCACCACGAUUGAACUGCAGGGGGUGCCCAGUGAUGAGGUUCACCCCCUAUUGGGAGUUAAGGGAGACAGCAAGUCCAAGAAGAAGACAGCGGGGAGGCCCAAAGGCUCCAAAGGUAAAGAGAAAGACUUCCCCUUCAGGCCCAAACCCUACAGGGUCUACCCUGACGGAGCGGAGGCGGGCGUGGCAGGAGGAGGAGGAGGAGGAGGAGGGAUGAAGGGCAGAGCAGAGGGGGGCCUGAGCGCUGCAGGGAGCCUUGCUUCACAGUCCUACAAACAACACGACAUCGGUGGUCUCGACUGAGCCAGUGUCCCUCGCAAUCUGGGGGUUUUCGGAGGAGAAUGGAUUGGCACCCGAAUGCAGCCUGUUUUUAUACUCUCCUGAACUCAGAGGCUUUGUGUGGUAUCACCCAAAGGACUGUCAUUAUGACACCGUUAUCCAUGAUAACUCCAAGACUCUGGUGACAUCACAUCCUUCUACUGCGCAGGCUGGUUAGUGUAGUGUUUUGUAACCCCAUGGGUCACUUCUCUCCCUCUACUCCCUCUCGCUUCUCUCCUCACCCUCCUACCCUAACCUCUCUUAUUCCCUCUCUCACUCACCUUCCCUCUCCCCUUAUCUGUAUCUCUCUCCUAUUUCUUUCCCUCUCCAUCGCUCUCUUUCUGUUGCCGUGGUUACCCGGAAUCUCCUUCCUAUCAAAGACCGAUCAUGAGACCUCAUGAUGUCACAUAUUUUGGAUACCAGAAACCCAUCAAGAGAGGACAGAAGCAACAGCCUGCAAUAGUAUAGGAUAACCACUUUUGACUCUUUCUUCACGUCAAUCCUCUUCUCUCUGUAGGAUGACUGAUGUAGAGAUAGGAUCCAUGUCGUGUAGUGUCCGAACUGGUUCACUGCUUUUAACUCUGUUUUUGGACCUGUUUUGUGUUUUUUUUUUUUUUUAUACAUGUUAUUAAACUGUUUUGGUUUUGG